GAGGACUAGCAUACUGGUUUUGUCACAGACGAUUUGAAUCAGUGUUCAUCAUUCCCGAUCGACCACGACAACCAACUCGCCCGCCAUGUCGUCCAUCUCCAUCGCUACUCUUCCCCGCAUGAGCCGGGACGCUCUUUCGGCGCUUCUACUCUCCGCCAGUUCGCCCAGUAAGCUGGCCAUUAUCGACGUGCGAGACUCAGACCACGUCGGUGGCCACAUCUACUCCUCCACCUGGGUCCCCAGCUCCUCGCUCGACCACCGCAUGCCCGAACUCGUCCGCACGCUAGCGGACAAGGAGAAGGUCGUCUUCCACUGCGCUCUCAGUCAGCAGCGUGGUCCGUCUGCUGCUUUACGAUAUGCCCGGGAGCGAGAGAGCGCGCUCGGCGUGGAGGAGAGCAAGAAGCAGGAUGUGUUCGUUCUCGAGGGAGGCUUCGUCCAGUGGCAAGAGAAGUAUGGGAAGGAUACGAGAUUGACGGAGGCUUAUGCGGAGGAUAUCUGGCAGGAGUAUUGAGUUGUUCUGUUUAUAACCGGCUCUCGGUUUAGGCUCGGUUUGGUCUUUUUCUUGAUGAUGAAAUGCUUGAAAUGUUGGGCGAUACCCGUGGGACUGGAUUCCUUGAUUGAUUGACGAACAGGAUAGAAGGUUAGAAUUGAUUCUUCGUUCAUGAUAGUUUUAUAUAUACACAU